ACAUCCUCUCUACACCCCACCAUGGCCCCGUACUUUGAAACCGUCAAGUCUUUCGCCGAUGUCCCGAUCACCGACGCCGGCGUCGACACCAAAGAGUUCUUGGACGCCUCGAAGGGUCUUCUUGGCAUCUUCACUCUUCUCAACUCCUCUGCCUUCGCUCCUGUGACGGGCGACAUCGAGGGUAACAUCAAGAAAGUUGAGGAGCGCUACAACAACAACCCUGGCUCCUCCGCUACCCUCGAGCAGCUCGUGAUCAACGAGCAGGGCGAGAAGAAGAAAACCGCGACCCAGGGCCUCAUGUGGCUCCUCCGCGGCCAGUCCUUCACCUGCAAGGCCCUCCAGAGCGCACAGGGCAACCCCAGCCAGGAGCUCUCCGAGGCGUUCACGAAGGGCUACGAGGGCAGCUUGAAGAAGCACCAUAACUUUGUCGUCAAGGGCGUCUUCUCGGUUGCCAUGAAGGCGUGCCCGUACAGGAAGGACUUCUACGAAAAGCUCAAGACGGACCCCGCUGGUGGUCCCCCGGUCGACGAGGCGAAGUUUAACGAGGGGCUGGACCAGUGGUUGACUUCCUUGGAGUCCAUCGUCAACCGCCUGGAAGCAUUCUACGCCAAGGGCGACUACGGUAAGGGACUCUGAGUGGACCUUAAAUGGGACGGUUGUACCAUACCAUCAUGAUGUAACAUAUAUCACGAAGAAGGACGAAUGCAUUGUAAACCUUGCAUCGCCAUGCGUUUGAGCGUUGGGCGAAUGAACUGUUAUAAUCACUUCAGCAGAACGAGUUACAUGGUAUCUUAUUGCUGCAUUGGUACGACUCCUGUUAUAUACUGACCUACACCUAUCGAAUACCGAGCUCAGAAUGUACCCACAAGACUUUCAACCUCGUCAAGCUCCUCAUCCGCGCUAUAUGAAUAGUCGUUGGUCUGCCUUCUGGGGCUCACAUUGCGGACACCGUACUUCAGGAUUCCAUUGAUCCCCAGAACUUCGAGGUAGGGGCACGAUGCAGCUAUGCUCUCCAAUAUGCCUCGAUUGAGAGCAGAAGAACGCGGGGUAUCGAGAACGAGACGCCGAAGUAUGGACAGCCGCAACGCGGGCUCGAUGGUCUCGCGAACGACCUUGUGGUGACGCCGCUCUUCAUGCCUCCAUGGCGAGUACUCUUUGAUCUCGAGGGACUCCAGAGCGUAGGAAGCGCCGAAAUGGGCACAUGUCUCCUUGAUGACCUCUGCGAGACCCUCGGGGCCGGCGUAGGUGAAGGUGACGGACAAACUCGUGAUCGAUGCGGAGCCGGCCAUGAUGUCGAGAAGUCGGCCGAUCUGCUCGUAUCCCUGGGUGUGGUGGCGGAUCGCGAGCUUCUUGAGCUUGGGGAAGGACGAGUUGGUAAGCUGGAGCGGGGCGCCGUUGAAGCUGUGGGGAUAGAGGUGGAGCGUAGCACUCUCUAGCGAUGGCAUGGACGAUAUGGUUUGCAAGACGGACAUGUUCACUAGAUCGAGCUCCAGGGAUACCAGCUUGUUCAUCGAGCGCAGGGCUUUCGUAAGGGGCUGCACAUAGAAGGGAGAGG